AUGGCUGGCGAACGCCGCUACCUCGGCCUCUACGGCCGCCCCCUCUCCCUCACCAUCUCAACAAUAUGCACAAUCGGUUUCCUCCUCUUCGGCUACGACCAAGGCGUAAUGUCGGGUCUAAUCACACACCCAAAUUUCAACUCCACCUUCCCCUCAACCCGUGAUAACAGUACAAUGCAAGGCCUAGUUACAGCAUUAUACGAAAUCGGAUGUUUGAUCGGUGCUAUAUUUAUAUUAUUCUUUGGUGAUAUUAUCGGCCGAAAGAAGGGGAUUAUGGGAGGUGCUUUGAUUAUGAUUUUGGGGACUGUGAUCCAGGUUACUAGUUUUGGGAGUUUGGUGCAGUUUGUGCUAGGGAGGAUUGUGACGGGGGUGGGGAAUGGGAUGAAUACUAGUAGUAUUCCUACUUAUCAGGCCGAGUGCGCAAAUACGAAAAACCGCGGUCUAUUAAUUUGUAUCCAAGGUGGAACGAUAGCGUUCGGUACUUUGCUAUCUUACUGGCUAAACUACGGUGUAACUCAAUACGAAAGUAGUUUUAGCUGGAGGUUCCCAAUUGCAUUUCAAAUCGUAUUUGGUUUAAUCAUCUUCUUUGGAAUGGCCGGACUACCCGAUUCCCCUCGUUGGUUACUAUCCUGCGGCCGCGAUGAAGAAGGCACAGCCGUAAUCGCCGCAAUUUACGGUCACACAAUCGACGCCCACGAAACCCAACUCCACAAGCGCAUCAUCCUCGAAUCCAUCGCCGCCUCCUCCACCACCUCAAAAGACGGAAAAUCCCACGUAACCCCAUUCUCCGAACUAAUCACCAACGGAAAAACCCAACACUUCCGCCGUAUGAUCCUCGGCGCUUCAUCCCAACUAAUGCAACAAGUCGGCGGUUGUAACGCCGUAAUCUACUAUUUCCCCAUUUUGUUUCAAUCUUCAAUUGGACAAUCUCGCCACACUUCGUUGGUGAUGGGUGGUGUAAAUAUGAUCGUUUACUCCAUCUUUGCUACAUCAUCAUGGUUCAUCAUCGAACGUGUCGGUCGUAGGAAAUUGUUCCUGUGGGGUACAGUUGGACAGAUGGUUGGUAUGAUAAUUACGUUUGCAGGAUUAAUCCCCGGUACGCCAUAUGCGGCUAAGGGAGCUGCGGCAGGGUUAUUUGUUUAUAUAGCUGCAUUCGGAGCUAGUUGGUUACCAUUACCUUGGUUGUAUCCGGCGGAGAUUAACCCGCUGAGGACAAGAGCGAAGGCGAAUGCGGUGUCGACUUGUACUAAUUGGGCUUUUAACUUUUUGAUUGUGCUGGUGACACCGAUUAUGGUUGAUAGGAUUGGAUGGGGGGCUUAUGCUUUCUUUGCGGGUGUUAAUGCUUGUUUCCUGCCGGUUAUCUACUUCUGGUACCCAGAAACUCGCAAGCGAUCACUCGAAGAAAUAGAUAUUAUCUUCGCAAAGGGUUACUGCGAGAAUAUUUCAUACGUCAAAGCCGCCAAAGAACUUCCCUUACUUUCUACCGAAGAAGUCGAGGAAAUGGCGUUGAGGUAUGGUGCUGGAGUCGAUGAUGGCCAUAGAGCUGUUGCCGCUGCUUCAAGGACAAAUUCUGGUCUAAAGGGAGAUGAGAGUCCUCCUCAGGCACCUAGUACGGAGGAGGUGGAGAAGGUUGGACAGUUUGAUCCGAAGGCUUAG